CCUGGGCUGGAGUGCAGUGGUGUGAUCAUAGCUCACUGCAGCCUCCAACUCCUAGGCUUAAGUGAUCUUCUCUCCUCAGUCUCCUCUGUAGGGGGGAUUACAGGUGAGUGCCAGCACACCCAAUGGAUUUUUUUUUUGUUUUUGUAGAGGUGGGUUCUUGCUUUCUUGCCCAGGCUGUUAUUGAACUCCUGGCUUCAAGCAGGAUUAUUUUUAUUUUAAUGGUGGCCUUUAGUAAAGGUGAUAUUACAUUUUCUGUAUGUCCUUGGUGGCCAUGAAGUUAGCAAAUGUUCAUGCACAGGAUCUGAGUGAAAUCCAGUUGUUGUUAAAGCAAUUUGAAUAUACGCUGGUUCUCUUAUUCUUCUGUUUCUGCUUUGCUUUUUUCAUAUAUCCUAAAUCACUGCUUUUUAUUUCCAGCAAUUUCCCAUUCACCUUCCCUUUGUAUUUAGUUCUGUUGUUUCUUUCUUUCCUUUCCUGUUUGGCCUUCAUAGGAAUUUAUAUUUGUGGGAUGGAGAUUCUCUUGUUUAGAGAACCUCCUCCGGGUAUUGGUUUUGGAUUUUGGUUAUUUUGUAGAUUAAAAAGGAAGAAAACAAAAGUAGAGCCAAAUGUGCAUGUAGUAUAGCCACUUUCACUCAAAGUGCAAUUUUCAUGACAAAUAUAUUCAUAGACUAAAGAACUGGAAGAGGAACCAUGUAGCUUAUAUGGCCUCUUCCUGUCUUCUCAUUUUGAAGAUGAGAAAACCGAGGCCAAGGUUGGGCAAGUGACUUGCCCAAAGGUAUGCUUCCGAUAAUGAUACCAUGAAAGUAAUUUGCUUAAAUGACUGUUUUACAGGAUUAGAAUUUGUCUAUUUGUCUCUUAUAAAGCCAGGAAGGAGACUGGAAGAUGUUGUUAAAUUAUUAAGAGAAGAAUGAACAUAUUUCUUCACUUUUUAUUUUAGGCCUUUGAUGUAUGGUCCCCAUGAAUCAGGUUUCUGUUUGUUUUUAGCUCUGGCAUGAGCUCUAAGGGUGACAUCACACUUUUUACUUGAAAUCUCACUGGAAGCAAGAGCACAUGGAAAGUACCUUUUCCUGAUACUUGUUCCCUCAUCCCCAUACUUUUAAAAUACACACAGUUACAUAUUUAUAGAGAAACAAAUAAAAAAAUGAUCAUUAGUCAGUUUGUUCAUUAAUACUUUGCACCAGUGGGCAUAAAAUGAGAAUUAAUAAGAACAGCUAACUUAAUUUUGAGUGCUAAUUAUUUUCUAUGUAUCUGUUUCUUACAGUAGCCCUUGGAGGUGAGUAAAGGACUACUGCCAUUUUGACACGUGGUUAAAUCUAGAUGCCGAGAGGUGUAGUUACUCUAGUCAUACAGCUAAUAAGGACUGGAAUGAGGACUAGUUAAAUAAACCCUGGCAGUCGAAUUCCUGGGUCCCCAUUCUAACCAUUGCACUCUGUAGGGGCUUACCCAAAUGGCGUGCAUUGUGACAUGUUAGGCAGUGGGCAGGUCAGGAAUUGUGGGCCAUUCAGGAAGAGGGAACAUCUGAGCGAAUCAGAGAUGUACAGGCGCAUGAUAGUGCUGGUCGGGCAUUUGGACUGAGUGUGAAUAGUGCAUAGGGAAAUAAUGGGAUACAGGCUAGAAUGGUGGGUAAGGUCGUAAUUUUGAUGUUAGUUUUCUGAGCGUUUGGGCACCACUGAAAGGUUUUAAUGGGGACGUAUGAGACUCCCUUCCACAGUCUGCCGCUCACAGUACCUCUUCUUCAUCUGUCUCUUGCCCUCUGAUCCCUUCCUCUUUCCCCCAACUAUACUAGGCCAUGUACCAGGCGCUAGGGUGAUGAGGGAAUUGGGGGUAGGGGUAUCUCAGUCAUUCACUGAAUUUCUUUUUUUGUUUUUAGCCUGGCACCUCCUCCUUCCUGUGUUUCAUUGAGUCUAUAGCCUUGUGUGAGGAUUGGUGAGGAGGACAUGUACCGUGCUGCAGAUGAAAUAGAAAAGGAGAAAGAAUUGCUUAUACAUGAAAGAGGGGCAUCAGGUGCCUGCCGACCCUGGAGCAGAGGCCUGCAUGGAGGGAGGGAACAGUGCUGCAGGUGUGGGGAAGAGCAAGCCAGAACCAAGAUUAAGUGUAGCUCCUGAAAUGGAUAUCAUGGACUACUGCAAAAAAGAAUGGAGGGGAAAUACACAGAAAGCAACAUGUAUGAAAAAGGGCUAUGAGGAGGUUUCUCAGAAGUUCACCUCCAUACGGCGAGUCCGUGGUGAUAAUUACUGUGCACUGAGGGCCACGCUGUUCCAGGCCAUGAGCCAGGCUGCUGGGCUGCCACCCUGGCUGCAGGACCCAGAGCUCACGCUGUUACCAGAAAAACUUAUAAGCAAAUACAACUGGAUCAGGCAAUGGAAACUUGGACUGAAAUUUGAUGGGAAGAACGAGGACCUGGUUGAUAAAAUUAAAGAGUCCCUUACUCUGCUGAGGAAGAAGUGGGCAGGCUUGGCUGAAAUGAGAACUGCUGAAGCAAGACAAAUAGCUUGUGAUGAACUAUUCACAAAUGAAGAGGAGGAAUAUAGCCUCUAUGAAGCUGUAAAAUUUCUAAUGCUAAACAGAGCCAUUGAACUAUAUAAUGAUAAAGAGAAAGGAAAGGAAGUACCAUUUUUCUCUGUGCUUCUGUUUGCUCGGGACACAUCGAAUGACCCAGGACAGCUGCUGAGGAACCACCUAAACCAGGUGGGACACACUGGUGGUCUUGAACAGGUUGAAAUGUUCCUUCUUGCCUAUGCUGUGCGCCACACAAUCCAGGUGUACCGGCUCUCCAAGUACAACACGGAGGAGUUCAUCACAGUCUACCCUACCGACCCACCCAAGGACUGGCCAGUGGUAACGCUCAUUGCUGAGGACGAUCGCCACUAUAACAUCCCUGUCAGAGUGUGUGAGGAGACCAGUCUGUGAGAGACGCAUGCUCCUGACAGCCUGGUGAUGUGGCUAAGAUGCAUAGGUGGCUCCUGGGCUUGGGCUGCCGGCCUGAGAGGUCUCUAAGAACAAUCUCUGAGAACCCUUGGGCCCCUGGGAACCAAGUUGGACAGGAUGUCCUGAAGAUGAUUAGCUUUUGAUAAGAGAAAUUAAUAAGUCUUUCCCCUCAUCUAUGAUGCAAUAUAUUUCAGUGGGGGCCUUCAGAGCACACCUGUUGGACAGUGCAAACUAUAUCUUUUCCAGAAGGCAAAUACUUUUGUAUCAGAGGAAACUAAGUUUUGGAGAGGAAUAUGUUCUUUAUAUUUCAAAUCAAAACUCUCUAUAAUGGUACACUGGCUUCUAAUUUUUUUAAGACAGUAUUUUUCCCCUCUCUAGUAGUAAUGUUUUCUGUAGCUCUCCCUAUACAGUCUGCUUUAACUCAGGACCUUCAGAUCAUGAGAUGGAUGUGCUGCCCACUGCACUAAGGGGGCCUCUAACAGUCUGCUUUAAGUGGCAUAAUUCUGAGAUGGAUCUGUUACUGGCAUAGUCAUGACAACCUCUGGUAAUCUCAUCUUCUUAUGGAGGGAAGAGCAAUGGUUUAGACUUACAUCUUAAUUAAGGCUAUUUUAAGAAGAUUGUCUUGCAGCAGAUUAAGAAUUGGGUCCAAAAGUGGGUUAUUUCAAGGCAUUUUUGAAGACUGGAGGAGCCAUAGGAGGGAGUGGUGAGGGAACCUAGAACUUCUUCCUCCUUGUGAUUGUGACAGGUGUCUGAUGCCUCCAGUGCACUGGAGUCCGGGGCUUGGUGCAGGUGGUGCCCCAUCAGUGUGGACAGACACUACUUGCCUGUGUGCUUUAGUGUUGGAAACUUUAAUUAUUCUUCACUUCCAUAGAUUCAUGAUUUUAUAGCCAGACAGUUUCUAUCCACUUGUUUUCAAAGGAGGAAACCAAGGCCAAAUUACUUUGAGGUAGGGCUGAGCUGGACCCAGGUUUUCCUGUGCUCUUUUCAUGCUGUGUUGGAGGGUGUGUCCAUUGCCAGAUCUGUGUAACCCAUCUGGGGCAGGGGAUGAGUGACAGCAAACCAUCUAAGAUUUUCCACGAGUACAUUUAAGCAGAAGCAUGUAGAAA